CAACGCUUUUCUCAGCUGCAGGAGAAUAAUUUUAAAGCCAUUGCCAUGAUCAUGUUUGCGCAGUACGUGCAAGAAGGCACUUUUGGCAAAGCAGUUAAAAUGGCUGAAGACGUCACAGACCUUGCCAAAAGGUGUGCUGCUGCAGGCAAAGACAACCAGGAUUGCCUGAAGCCCUUGGACAGGAUUUUCCUUGAUAUGCUAUGCCAGGAGGGAGAUCUUCCCAAGUUUACUGACUGCUGUGCUAAAAAAGGCUCUGAAAGAAAUGACUGCUUCCUCUCCCAUAAAAACUCAACGAGAGGAUUCAUUUCUCCUUUUGAAAGGCCAAAUGCUGAAGCUGCCUGCAAAAAUUAUUCACAGCAUCAACAUUCAUUAACAGGGUAUUUCAUCUAUGAGGUUUCCCGAAGGCAUCCUUUCCUCUACGCCCCAACAAUCCUUUCUGUGGCUAUCCAUUACGAUGAGAUGAUGAGAAACUGCUGCAGAAGUGCCGACGACCCCACUCAUAACGUGGACGAAUGCUUUCGGAGACAGGUACCAAAGGUGAUGAAGCCGAUAAAAGAAGAUGGCCUGAAGCAGGAACACACAUGUGGUAUCUUAAAGAAAUUUGGAGAAAGGACUGUAAAGGCUCUGAAACUUGCUCAGAUAAGCCAAAAAUUCCCUAAGGCUGAUUUUGUUACCAUUAGCAAGCUUGUAAUAGAUAUUGCUAACACACACAAGGACUGCUGUCGUGGAGACAUGCUGGAUUGUAUGCACGAUAAGGAAGAGAUUCUAACCUACGUCUGCACCAACCAAGACAGCAUAUCAAGCAAAAUUAAAAACUGCUGUGAAAAGCCACUGUUAGAGAAAAGUGAAUGUAUAAUUAAUGCAGAAAAUGAUGACAAACCUGCAGAUUUGUCCCUCCACAUCAGAGAGUUUAUAGAAGACAAAGGAGUAUGUGAACGCUUUGCUCAGGAAAAAGAUACCCACUUAGCCAGGUUUCUCUAUGAAUAUUCCAGAAGACACCCUGAGUUUUCUGCUCAAAUGCUUUUAAGAAUUGGUAAAGGAUAUGAGGACUUACUGGAAAAGUGCUGCAAAACCAGUUCUCCAGACGACUGCUGCAGGAGAGGGGAAGAAGAACUGAAGAAACACAUUCAUGAAACCCAAAGUGUGAUGAAGACAAGUUGUGACAUCUACAAGGAGAAAGGAGAUUACUAUUUCCAAAACGAGCUUCUCAUGAGCUUCACCAAGAAGAUGCCUCAGCUAACAUCUGCAGAGCUGAUAAAAUUCACCAAGCAAAUGACUACAAUCGGCUCCAAAUGCUGCCAAUUAAGCCAAGACAAGUUAUUGCCUUGUGCUGAGGAAAAUCUGGAUCUUGUGCUUGGAGAAAUAUGUAGAAGACACCUGGCCAAUCCUAUAAACCCAAGCGUUUGCCACUGCUGUAGUAGCUCCUACGCUCUUAGGCGGCCGUGCAUGGGGAAACUAGAAAUUGAUGAGAAUUAUGUGCCCUUACCAUUGACUCCUGGUCUGUUCACUUUCCAUGAAGACUUGUGUACAACUGAAGAGGAAAAGUUACAGCACAAGAAGCAGGAAAUGCUCAUCAACCUCAUCAAAUACAAGCCCUACAUCACGCACCAGCAGCUGACGUCCGUCACCGCAGCUUUCACUGCCAUGAGAGAGCAAUGCUGCAAAGAAGAAAACCGUGAGGCGUGUUUUGUGAGAGAGGGUCCAGAACUUAUAAAAAGAAGUGAAAAAAUGCUGUCAGCAUGAAAUGCUUGUGUAAUGUACUGGAAGGUAUUUACUGAAUGAUAUGAAGUCGCAAUUUUAACAGUGAGAAUACCUUUUCUGAGUAUUCAUAAAGUACAGAUAGAAACCUAUGAAUUGCCAUAGUGGAGAAUACUAUGUUUUUGCUCUUUACUUGGUGUAAAUACAAAUCUAAUGAAGUCAUGACAAUUUACACUAGCUAUAGUUCUGUCACUGAUCUUCUACUAUGACCAAGGUAAAGGAGGUGCCUCAGGAAAAAAAACAUCAAAUUCCAUAAAGACUCUCCUAAGCUGUGGAGCUGUAAAACUGCUCUGCCUACAAAGCUCAGCUUAACUGAAAAUUAGAUGUGUGCCUCAAUUUAAUUCAGAUAGGGGAGAAACUUGUGUGCAAACUUCAUAUCUGGCUCAUAUCCAUUUCAUUCAAAAUAAUUAAGCAUACUUAAAAGUUAAUUGAAAGAAGGAACUUAAACCCAAUUUAGUGUGUCUAGGCAGAUUUUGUAUCAUUUUAAAUAAAUCCACUGAAAAAAUAAGAUAAAUAAAUGGAAAUUCAGGGUUUAGAUACAGUCAUCAGCUUAUGUAAUGGAUUAUUCUUCUUCUGGUACCGAACAGUCAGAGAUUUAAAAAGUGUU